GAUCAUCAGUACGCUGUGUCCCUUGGACACAGCGGAUCACGGAAAGAGCAGAAGAUGUCGGCUCGGUCAUGUGAUCAGCUGUGUCCAAUCACAGCUGAUCACAUGGCACUGAUGAUCAGUGUGCCCUGAUGAUCAGUGUGGCCCCAGAAGUGCCACCUGUCAGAGUCCAUCAGUGCCAGCUGUCAGUGCUCAUCAGUGCCACAUGCCAGUGCCCAUCAGUGCCACAUCAAUGCCACAUAUCAGUGCCCAUCUGAGCUGCCCAUCAGUGCAACCUACCAGCGCCUCCUCAUCAGUGCCACCUACCAGUGCCUCCUCAUCAGUGCCACCUAUCAGUGCCCAUCAGUACAGCCUAUCAGUGCCCAUCAGUGCAGCCUCAUUAGCGCACAUCAGU